GAAGAGGAACUUUGGAUUCAAAGAAACCAUGGGAGACUGGGGUUUUCUGUCCUCCUUGCUGAAUAAGGUCCAGUCCCACUCCACUGUUGUUGGGAAGGUCUGGCUCAGCGUGCUUUUUAUCUUCAGGAUCAUGGUGCUCGGAGCUGGAGCAGAAAAGGUUUGGGGUGAUGAACAGUCCAAUAUGAUUUGUAACACCAAACAGCCUGGUUGCAAGAACGUCUGCUACGAUCAUGCCUUCCCAAUCUCACACAUUCGAUUCUGGGUCCUCCAGAUUAUCUUUGUGUCAACGCCAACGCUGAUCUACCUUGGUCAUGUCAUUCAUGUCAUCCACAAAGAGAACAAGCUGAGAGAAUAUAUCCAGACACACUCCCAGAGCGAAAUCAGCAAAUAUCCCAAAUAUACUGACGAGAAAGGCCAUGUCAAAAUUAAAGGCAAUCUGCUGGGAAACUACAUGACCUCCAUAUUUUUCAGAAUCGUUGUGGAGAUAGCAUUCAUUGUGGGGCAGUAUUACCUGUACGGCUUUGUCAUGGACCCAAGAAUCGUCUGCUCCCGAGCCCCAUGUCCCUUCACCGUAGAGUGCUACAUGUCUCGACCCACUGAGAAAACCAUCUUCAUCAUCUUCAUGCUGGUUAUGUCCUGCAUCUCUCUGGUCCUCAACGUGGCAGAAAUCUUCUACCUGGCAUUUUGUCGCUCAUCCAGACGAAAGUCUAAAACAGUAGUGCCUGCUAUUGCCAUUCACCCCCGUAUUAACGGUGACAGCAUGGUGAAAAAUGAGAAGUAUGGCCUCCAUGAUGCCAGUCACAGCAUAGCCUGAGGAAUUCCAUUCCGGUCCAAUGUGCAAAAUUUGAAGUCACAUUGUUAACAAACAAGAAG